CACACACACACACACACACACACACACCCUCCUCCUCCUCUGGAAACCUGUUCUGGAGGGAGUGACUUGAUCCAGGCGGCGUCCAAUUAUAUGGAAGCAGCACUUAUUCCACUUUAUUCCAGGCUACAGUUAAGUGGCUUGAAGCCUUCAGAGACACACAGGCUUGUAGUAUAAAGGCAGAGCAAUAGGCAGAGAGACGGUACCCAUGUGACAUGUGAACGGAAAGCCAAAGACAAAGGUAGAAAUAUCUACUAUACCAAGUGAGGCGUCUGGCGGCGUGCAGAGGAGACACAGAGGAUGCUCCAAAUCAAAUCCAUGAGGGCUUUUUUCUCUCUCGCUCGUCUGGAAAUUCACGGCUUCAUAUAAAUGAUUCAUGAGAGCCUGUUUCUAUUUCUAAGGGAGUAAUUGCGCUCGCAGUGAGUUUGAGCUGAAGCCGGUCACCAGCCAGUCUGCAGAAAGACGCUAGUAAAGCUGGGAUCAGAGCGUGGAGACAAUUAUAAAGUCAAUUAAUUUGGGGGAGUUUGAUAAAGCGUUUCCCUUUAACCUGCACUGGACCUCAUCUGUCAGAAGGAUCAACUGUUGCUGCAGCCGGAGCGGGCACAGAGACAUUCUCCAAGUGUGUCUGGCUUUCAUAAUGGAUGUUUGACCGUCACUUGGUCCUGUAUGCAGCCACACAGCCGGUGUUGUGCAAUUAACAUGGAAGAGAGACUGAUACUGUUGUUGAUGCCUCGGAUACACCUUCAUCUGUCCUGAUGUGAUGCCACAUUGUUGCACUGAGGAGAAUGAUAAUAUCCCACACCGCUGCCGGCUUUUUCAUACUGGUUGAUCAUCUCUGUGUGUGAAACAAGACACAUUUAUUCCUCUUUCUCUGUAUAAGGGACCAGUUUGGGCAUUUUAACUCACUGGCAGGCGUCAAAAUUGACAGGCUUUUUUGUUAUAGUGACCUUGCCCGAUUUUGACAUCCAUUCAGCGGGAGAUCAUCAUGCUGAUGAUGAUGAAGAACAGCGGCAUGGAUGCGCAUCAGGUUGAUAUCGAUUCGGAAUUUGAGCCUCACAGUCGUUCGCGGUCGUGCACCUGGCCGCUGCCGUGUCCGGAGGAUUUCCCCGGGGGAGAAGAAGCGAGCCGAGGUCUGGCCCUGGCAUCGGUCAAAGUGGAGCAGUACAACGUGCCCGCAUGCCGGGCCGAGAGAAAAGGCGGCGCGCCGGCGGAGAUCAAGCACCCAGCCGGCGCCCCGGCCCCGGUCGUGGCCGCUCCUGCCUGCAUGUCCGGGGCUGCGCUCGACGUGGCCGGCCAGCUGCGCAAAGCCAAGUCCUCCCGGCGAAACGCGUGGGGAAACCUGUCUUAUGCAGACCUCAUUACCCGUGCCAUCGAGAGCGCCCCGGAGAAGAGACUCACCCUGUCCCAAAUUUAUGACUGGAUGGUUCGCUUUGUUCCUUAUUUCAAGGAUAAAGGCGACAGCAACAGUUCAGCCGGAUGGAAGAAUUCAAUCAGACACAAUCUGUCCCUGCACAGUCGCUUCAUCCGGGUGCAAAAUGAAGGGACGGGGAAGAGUUCGUGGUGGAUGCUGAACCCAGAAGGAGGGAAGAUGGGGAAAGGACCCAGAAGAAGGGCGGCCUCUAUAGACAACGGCACUCGCUACCUGAAGACCAAGGGUCGCAUUAGCCGCAAGAGAGCUGGAGCCAUAGGCCUCGGACGGGGUCAAGGUCAGGGGGCCGGACCCACAAUGCAAAGCUCCCCAGAGCAUGGCAGUCCAGCAGGGAAAGGAGGUGUGGGAAUGGGGGGUGAGGAGUAUGACACCUGGACAGACCUCCAUUCCCGUACCUCCUCCUCUGCCUCCACACUGAGUGGCUGCCUAUCCCCGAUCCUGGCUGAGGCGGAGGCUGACGAACCGGAGGAGGGUGGACUGUCCUGUUCAGCCUCCCCUCGACUGUACCCCAGCCCCACCAGCACCCGCUCCCCGGCCCUAGGCACUGGGGGCCACUGCCCGACCGUGGAGCUGCCCCAGCUGACAGACCUGACAGGGGCUAUCAGUCUAGAUGAGAGUGGCUACCCGCAGCCACAGCAAAUCAAAUGCAACGGUUAUCCCUACGUGCCUGCGCCCAAGGCAGAGGGCUCCUACUGCGGGCCCAUGUAUGGACAGCCUUCCAUGGGCAUGCUCCGGCAUCACACUCCCAUGGAGACCAUCCAGGAGAACAAGCCAGUUAGCUUCCAGCGCCCAAUGAGGGGCUACUCAGAGAACAACGCCCUGCAGAGUCUGCUCACUGGUGGUCCUCCGUACUGCAGCAAAGACACAGUACUGGGCCAGGGACGGGAAACACACACACUAAUGACACAGGGGACCAAUGGCGUUCACAGCCAGCACAGCCACAAUCAGAAUCGCAGCCACAAUCAUAACCACAAUCACAGCCAAGAGCAUGCUCACAAUCCCAGUCUACACAAUGGCCACGGCUCAGUCCAUGACCAGAACACAGCCCACCAUCAGAACCACAAUCAGGGUCACAAACACCAAGCCAGCCUCGACUACAGCCACAGCCACAAGCCCCACCCUGCCCAUGACUAUGGUGCGACUCACGAGCACGGUCACAGUAACAAAGCCAGCCAUGAUCACACCCCUCGCUCCACCCAGAGUCACAUGCACGACCACAACACCCAUAACCCUAUGCACAGCGGGCCUCACCCCCAGGCCCUCUCCCCACGGGUUAGCACCGACAUCCUGCAGCCCUACAGCCUCAAGACCUCUAACCACUAUGGGCCCCGGCCACACCUCCCAACAUCACCGUCCCUGCCGCCUAACCCUGCCGGCGUCAUGGAUGUUCCCCAGGAUCCCUGCCGCCUGGCAUCUGCGCCUCACCCCCGUCACCAGCCUUACCCCGGAGCUCACCAUCAGGGUAUGACCGACUCCUGGCACGGCUAUUACCACAACAACCACCAGCCGGGGAACGCUGGUUACCAGGGGCAGCAGCACAACUCCCACAGUAGAAUGGCUGCCAACCUGGAGAUGGAGAACGUCCCUAAUAGCCUGGACUGUGACGUAGACUCCAUCCUGCUCAAUGACUUUAUGGACACAGAGAGCAUGGACUUCAACUUUGACGGCUCUCUGUCCCAAGGCAUGGGCAUGGGGAUGGGCAUGAGCUUGGGGGCGUUUGCUUGCCCUCCACCAGCACACAGCAACCAGAGCUGGGUGCCAGGGUGAACCCAGGCCCGAGGGUUUGGAUAGACACAUGACCGCAAAGCUCACCCACUGGGCCAGGCUGCUGGUGGGCUGUACCCUUGGACUGACUGACUGUGAUUCUGUUUUUCUCAGACUGUAGAACAAAAUACGUAUUGUCAUUUUGUUUCCUGGGGACUCCGUACACCCCCACAUCCUACUCCCCCUCACCCUGUUUAUAAAGCCUUCUGUCUCCAUAUUGAACCUGCCCCCAAUGCGCCCAGUCCUAAAGCCCCCCUUGUUCAUGCCCUUCAGUUUUUUUUGUUUUGUUUUUUAAGGUCUCCUCCCAAUCUCGUCCUGCCUGUCCUAAGCUCUCAAGCACUUUACAUCCAUCCUUUCCAUACAGAUGCAGUAACACAAAGACCAGGCAAAGUCACGUUGUGUGUUGGCUUAAGUUUAAUGUAUGCAAUCCACUUUACAGUAUUAUCUCCUACUACAAAGGGGGUGUUGUUUUUGACUUGAGAACAUGAUCAAACAGCUGCAUAAAUAUCUUUCAAUGUAGAGGUGCUCUCAGAUUGGGGGUUAAAAGACAGGGGAGGCUUUGAGGUUUAAGGAUGAAGAAUAAAGGAGGUUUUUAGAGGAAGAGGAAAUAAGAACGUAAGGGUUGGAGGGAUAGAAAGGAAGGGAACUCCAGGGUCAGUAUGACUUCUCUCCCUGGUGGACAGUGGUGUUUCCUGUUUGGUUCAAGGCAAGAGGACAGUCAUACAUCAGGCAACCAUCAGCGCCACUCCAAUGAAAUGCAACGUCCCUUCUUUAAUCUCCAAAGUAAUGCCAGAGUGAUGCAUCACUAUUGCAAAUCUAAUGCGCCACUCUGUGUUUUUCACCCCCCCACCCCCCCUCAACUCCGGACACACCGGCUUAAUGUGUUUUGGCAAAAGUGAUGAUUAAAGUCACUCUGCACUAAAUGGGGGAGGGAUUGAAAGGGGUGGUGUUGGAGAGGGGUUGGGGGGGGCAUUGAGGGGAGAUGAUAGGAGAGGAGAAAUGCAAAUAUUCCCUCUGUGCCUCUUCCUCUCCAUUUUGUGGAUUUAUGUAGCUUUCCCCGUAAUGAAAUAAGCAACGAUCAGAGCCUGCUGUACAUCCUGAGGAGCUCUCUGAUUGGCCUGCGCUGGGCUGCCUCAGCGUGGCUCCUUCACCGGCUGACCCCAGAACAGCUUACCGAGCAGCUGUGGUCAGGCCAGGAUGUUGAUGGAGCUGCCGUCCUCAGACCCCAGGUAACCUUGUCUAAUUCACUAACACCCAGGUUCAAGCCCACUAUGUGCUUUUACUCCUGCGAAUUGCACACUGAUGAACAGCGUCAGCAGAUUACUAUUUGGUGCUAUCUCCUCUUCCCAGGCUCCCUCCUAUCACGCCGCCCCAUCCCGAGGUUACUCGGAGGGUAAACAAGAGUAAUUAACCGCCAAACAAGAUGGAUGAUUUAUGCAAGUGUGUGUAUUCGCUCAUCGGCACAAAGUCAUAAUUCUUCCUCCCGCCAAGAACAAGGAGGGUGAUUUUUGAGAGGUGAUGCCCAGUGACAAGGUAAAGCGGCUGGCAAGCGGUGUGCUUAUAGCGUCCUUCAAGUCCUUCAAGCAUCCCCUUAACAAGCGUCCCCCCGCCCCGUCCUGGCCAUAGCUUUACUUUGCUGUCGUCUUUUCUUGUGCUCGUUCUGUGAUUGUGCAGUUGUCUGUCCUGUUUCAAUACAGCAUGGAUAGAAGCUUUCGUGUGCAUUUUAUUUUCUUCAUUCCCAGAGGGAAAACAGGCAAAGGGGACAUUAGCCAACCCUUGUCCUGGCACCUGUCCCACUCAAGAUAGAGAAAAUAGGAACAAGAGAGAGAAGAAAGGUAGAUAGAUACAGUGAGAGACUGAGCGGGAGGGAGGGAGCUACAUGAGUAGGCAGGAUCUGUGAGACUGAGAGAGAUUUUCCAGCUCGGUAGCUUUCUGUAGAAUUGGCUGUUUGAAUCAGGCCAAAUGUCAAGUGCUACUCAGCCAGCUCCAGCGAGCUUUGACCAGAAAGCCACUUUUCCCUCCUGAUCAAGGACAAUGACGGGUAUUUCCAUACACAUUUCUUUUGCUUUCUUCUUUCCUUUUCAUGAGUUAAGAUGGCCCAUUGUUGUAACCCAACUGUAAUUUGUUCUCUGGCCUGUGUGCACUUGUGUGUCAAGCUUCUCGUGGGUGUGCGAGUGUGUGUGCGUGUGUGUAGCGCAGUGAUGUACAAGAAAUGAUUAAGGGAAUAUUGUUGAGAACUAACUUGCCCUGGUAUUGUCCAUGCCUGGAUGAGUGCAGCAUACAUAAUAUAUACAGUUUAUAUUUAUUGGUUAGGGAGACGGGUCUAUGGAGGACCGCUCAGACCCCUCACUGCUUUGUCUUCUUGAUGACAGAGAGGCAGAAUGCUAUUUCAGUUUGACUACAUUUCAUUCUGUACAUAAUCUAUAUUGAGAAAAUUGUAUUAUAAUUUUUUUGCAAAUAUCAAUUUCUUUUCUAAAAUGAUGUAUCUGCUCAUCUGGUGACCGUAAAAUAAAAACAAA